GUACCUAGCAAGACCUCUUCCCCAACCACCUUGAACACGUAGACUACCGCCCGGAAAUGGAGGCCGUCAAAAAACAGCUGGAGGGUCGAAUAGACUAUGAAGGUCAGAGACUUAGCGAACAGGUGGCUUAUUUCUCUCUGGUCGUUUCUGGAGUUAUCGCCUUCUUCGUCAGCUUCCUCGCCUCGUCUAUCAAGUUCGGAUUGAUCGUCUUCGCCGCUGGAUACGUUAUUACGCUCUUGGCGGUCGUACCUCCCUGGCCGGUAUACAGGAAGCAUCCUAUUGCAUGGUUACCCGUCAGACGGUUGAAAGCGGAUUGAUCAAAAUUAUCGGAUCAGAUGCGAACAGCAGGAGCAGUCGUCUGAAUAUACCACAUAUCCGCUGCUUCGGCGCGAUGAGGCUAAUAGUCUAAAGAGAAAGAUCACGACGUCUGUGCUUGUAGCAAGCAUGUUGUAUCAUAGGUAAUGAAUGAAGAUAGCAUACCCAGACCAUGACGGCCAGGAUAUUUGCGAGGA